AUGGGUCUUCAAGAAAGUACACCAUCUGGCGCACAAAACACUUCAUACUAUGGUACAUCAACUCGUGACAUUACACCUGAUAACGCGAUGGAAACAAUCAGAGAAAUUCAGCUCGAAAAACUCAAUCAGAGACUAGCAAAGGAUCGUGCUAAUGAAACACCACGAUUCAAAACACCUCUAAGCUUAACGAACAUGUCGAUCAAACAUAGCGGCCAGUUUUUAGUAUUUGUAUGCCAAAUUAAAUCAGAUACUCCUGGUCAAGCAGUCAUCAUUGCUAACGGAAAGAUGAGCUCAUUCAACUUUCCAAAGAUCGCCGAGAAGACUGUUUGCAGCAUUCCAAUUCCUACAAACUCUGACUUUAUGAUUGAAAUAACUAUCGAUUAUCAUCAUUACCAUGAAAUUAUUCCACCAAACACACAUAUGGUUAAGAAGCACAUAUACGAAUUUAAGCUUCUAGACUCAGAUAGCAUAUUCAGAGUUCAAUAUGUAUCACAGACUGUAGUCUCAACAACAAAGACUUGCAAGAUAGAUGUAAAUAAACCGAUCGAAGUCAUCGAUGAAAAUCUUACCGGAAAAUGUCUCUUCUGCUUGGCAAAUGAGGCAACUACAGAUAUAUGCGACAAAGACCACAAAGUAUACUGCGAUGCUUGCAAGGAAGAAAAAUCAAUCAAGCUUGCAGAAUGUCCAUACGAUAGAGUACAGCCUGUUGAGCAACCUCUCAUUGAAUUGUAA